AUGACGUCGUGUAUAGAAUUGGAGAAAUGGGAGGAAUGGGAGGAAUUUAAGAGAUUUGAUAGAUUGGAAAGAUUGGAGAAAUAUAGCAAAGUGAAGGAAUGGGAGAAAGUGGAGGAGGAAUUUAUAAAAUUGGAGAAAUGGGGAUUGAAGGAAUGGGAGAAAUUGGAGAAAUAUAACAAAGGGAAGGAAUUGGAGGAAGAAAGGUAUGAUGAAGGGCUUAGUAAUUUAUCGCUUGAAGACGAAGUGUCAAUUCCAGAACGUUUGUUGGAGAAAGAAUCUGUAUUGGAGGAAUUUAUAGAAUUGGAGAAAUGGGAGGAAUGGGAGGAAUUUAAGAGAUUUGAGAGAUUGGAAAGAUUGGAGAAAUAUAACAAAGGGAGGGAAUUGGAGAAAGUGGGGGAGGAAUUUAAGAGAUUGGAAAGAUUGGAGAAAUAUAACAAAGGGAAUGAAUUGGAGAAAGUGGAGGAGGAAUUUAUAGAAUUGAAGAAACGGAAGGAAUUUCUUAGAUUGGAGAGAUUGAAGGAAUGGGAGAAAUAUAACAAAGGGAAGGAAUUGGAGAAAGAAAGGUAUGAUGAAGGGCUUAGUAAUUUAUCACUUGAAGAACAAGUGUCAAUUCCAGAACGUUUGUUGAACAAGGAAUUGGCUAUUCAAGGACUUAGUUAUUCAUCACCUUAUAAAGAAAAGUCGAUCAGAGAGCGUUUGUUGGAUCAAUAUUUGAAACAAAGAAGAGAAAUAGAUGAGAAAUUGGAAGAUCAUUCAAAGCAAGUGAAGCAAUUGGAGCAAUUGGAGCAAUUAGCAAGGCAUUUGGUAAUACAAUCUAAGAGAGAAAAGGAAGAAUUGGAGAGAUUGGAGAAGAAAAAGGCUAAACAAUAUGUGGAUGAAUUGAUCAAGAGUGCAUGCCCAUACCAAGCGUCUUACAAUACCUCUUCUCCCACACUUGAGGAAGUACAGUCGAGCAAAAAGAAAAUUGAGUGA